AAUAUCAUUUCAAACUGCAUUUCAGGAUUUUGAAAUGUUGAGGGAAGAGAGUAGAAGAGAUGGUCGGGACGAGGACUCUGAUGAUGAUGAUGUUGGUACCUCAAAAUCAUCAUCGAAACGUAAACGUUCCAUAGAUUCUGAUUCAGAAGAAGAGUCCGAUACUGACGGAGAGUCUGAUGGGAGUUACGAAACUGACGAAAGUGAUGAGGAGGGGGAGGAGGAAGAUGAGGCACUGAAUGUUGGAGAAGAAAAGGAAGGAAAUGAUAGUGAAGAUGAAGGAAGUGAUGAUGAUGAUGAGGAAGAUGAAGAGAGUGAAGUGACAGAUAGUGAGGAAUAUGAUACAGAUGAUGAAACCCAGCCAACAAGUACUCGAAACACCUGUCGCAGGACAAGGAUCGAAAGUGGAUCUGAUUCAGAUAGCAAUGGUGUAGAAAGCACUGGCGACCCUUGUCCUAUAUGUUUAGGUCGAAUGAAGGGGGAAAUUGGAUCACCUGAGAAUUGUGAUCACUCAUUUUGUCUUGAGUGUAUUCUGGAAUGGUCAAAGACAAACAAUAGCUGUCCACAAGACAGAAUUCCAUUUUUCAUGGUAUUUGUACGUCGCCAAAUUGGAUGGCCAGUCAUCCGAAAAGUACCAGUGGAAGAAUCUAAACCAGACAACAUUCCAGAUGAAGAGGAAGAUGAUCCAACCUUUUGUGAGGUUUGUGGUCGUUGUGACCGCGAGGAUCGGCUAUUGUUGUGUGAUGGUUGUGACCUUGGAUACCACCUGGAGUGCCUUGACCCACCUCUUGAACAAGUGCCAAUUGAUGAAUGGUUUUGUUCUGACUGCCAAGCUGUCAACAGCACGGCAACAUGCACUGAGGUGGAUAUUGAAGAUGGGGAACUUCAUGACCUUAUUGAUGAUGGUGCUCCAAGUUCAUCUCUUCCUACUUUGCGUCCCUCACGUAAUAACAGACAGGCUGCUGGGCAGCCUCGUAGAGUUAGGCUUUUGCCCCGCACUCGUGCCUCUGAGAGAGUUCGUGCACGUAUAACACGUUCUCGAAAACAGAGGGCAAGGCCAACCAUCACAGAAGAACAAGAAAAAGAAUAUGAGGCUGUAAUAGAUGCUGUGGCAGCUGCUUGUGGUAGUGCCACUGUAAGUUGGCCAUUGCCGUCCAGUAAGAGAUCUCUCUCUAAACCCAGACGUACCACAAAAGCACCAAAGAGAAAGAGGAGAAAAGUUACUAGAAAAGGGAAGGCUAAGAAAAGGAAAAGCACUACCAGAAAGCGCAGAACUGCCAAAACUAGGAAAACUAAGGGUACAAAAACACGUAAAACAAGGAAGACUACGAAACGGAAGGGCAAAGUCAAGAGAAAAAGGAAGGUAAGUCAUCAUUUUUAAUCUUUUUGAAAGUAUGAUUGAACAAGUAUCCUAAGUAGGAAAGUAUUAUUUAGUAAAUGUAAAUCAUGACAGAAGUGAUUUUUGUUAGCCUUACGAGUAGUCUGUGACUUUACAGAUUAAGGAAGUCGACUUUUGUGUGAAAUUCUAAAGAAAUGAAUGAUUAAUGUAGGUUCUACUCAAGGUUGCCAUAAAAUUAUUUAUCUUGUAUUUAAUUAGUUUAUGAAAACCACUCAAGUCACGUUGUAGACAUACCAUAGGACCAUGCAUUAUCUUCUGAAGAAGGGAUGGAAAUCUAAGGAAGAAUAAGUUGAAGUUGGACAGCUCUUUGGUUAAGUAACUGAAGGUUAAGGUUGAAAU